AUGUCGGGCCAUGAAGUCGGGACCUCGCUCCCGGCUUCAGCGGCAGGCCAAAGCACUCGCGGCAGCCUCGGUGAGUGCAAUAGUGUGGGCAAAUUAAGAACUAGUGGCGCGGCUAAAGCGACCUCACGAUUGGCGGAGACGGUUGAAGGACCUGAUAAGCGCCGGGCCGCGACAUCGGGUUCGCGGCGACUCACGCUUCCAUUCACAGCCGCCCCUUCGCCAUCGCAAGCAGCCAAUGAGGCAAGGGCCCAAGGAAGGACGUCAACAACACCGACUAGUAGAUCCCCCUCAUACGCGGCAGUCACUGCGGGCCCAUCAACCAGGAGUACAACAUUUUCCACCACAGCCCGCAGUAAGACUGUCGCGAAGACCGCUGCGCCUACCACAACAACCAGAGAGGCCAGGAGAUCCGGCGAGGCCGCCGCAAUGAGGAAGUCGCCGAGGACCGCCACGGUGAGUAAACCACGUGUGAUGUCGGUAAAAAUAAUGAAGUUGCCUGUCAAAUCCAUUUCCAAGACAGGCGUGCAGAACGCUGCCAAAUUGGCACGCGCUCCCUCUCAACCCCCGCAGAGGACAUCACCGGUGGCGGGGGGUUCACGACCAUCCGUGGAGAAAAUAAAAUGCGGAGAGGGAGCACUGAAGAAGUUGCCCGUCAAUAAAGAUCUUCCAGUUUCAUCCAGGAUUCGGCGGGCAACGAGCGUGCCGGUUGAGAAGUGCGACGACACUGCAAGACGGGAGCGCGUCUCCCCACACCCUUCUCGUAACAUAAAGAACUAUAUAUUAUUGUCAUCAUCUGACGAGGAGGGGGGCCUUAACAACAUAAUGGACCAAUGGAGGAAGACACCCCCUGCGAUACUCCCCAGCCUGCCUCCGACCACUAGAGGCAGUCUAUCGGGGAGCCCAGGCGAGAAAUUAAUAUCCUUCUCGCCAGCGACGUCGCUACCGACGACGUUCACCACAUGCACGGUGACGACGACCACCUGUGGAAGUCCAAUUAUAUCCACGGGCUUCAUAGGUGGCGUGGGGAGGCAAAUAACACCACCAUCUUGCCUCCCCCAAUGGAACAUCCUCCCGACCAUCGGGGAGGAAAAAACGUCACCGUGCGUGGCGGUCACAACACUACCAAUAGGCGGCUUCAGGACGUCCCCGCUCAUCCAACCAAGGCCAACGACUCCGGAGCGCGGGGACAAGAGGAGCGGCGCGUCGACGAACCAGUACGACAAGAGUCUGAGUGUCAGCAGAACGAACGAUAAUACUUGUGAGGAAAUAAGUCCGCCCCAUAACAUUUUGCCAGUAGAGGCGGAGCGACAACGCCGGGAGACAUCGCCGGAGGACAAUGAGGAGGAAGACGUCGGCCAGCGUACUGGAACGCAG